GUAAUUAUUAAUAAGCAUUAAGUAAUUUCAUUUUUAUAUUUAUCUAGAGUUUUAGGGAAAUUUGGUGGUGGUAAUCGUAAGAUGAUGACUGAACCUCAACGACUGGAUUAUUCAAUGCAUAGACAGUCAACAAAACCAGCUAUUAUCAUUAAAUUUAAUGAACAUACUGAAUCAGUAACAUUUAAUGUUGAUAUGGCUAUUGAAACUGCUGCAGAAUCACUUAAAACAUCAACUGAUCCAUACUAUCGUAAAAAAUGUUGGGAAGUAAUAAAAUCAUUUUUAGCGGCAUCUGUAUUAUCAAAUGACGAUAAAUCAGUUUUAAUGAAAUUUUUUUCUCAUCCUAGUUUCAAAGAAGGAAAAAUAUCAAACUUCCACUCGACAGUUUACAAAUAUCCAGAUCCAGUUGUAAGAAAUACUUAUGUAAUGGCAUUAAAUGGUAUUUUUGUCAGUGCAGCAGUUAAAGAACUUAGAGACACAGCUUUAGGAACAUUGCUUGAUGUUGUAAUGCGCUAUACUAUGGUGGCAAUUUCUCAACAAGCAGGACCAUUAGUAAACAGUGAAAAAAAUGAAAAGUGUUCAUUUGGUAUGGAUCCACUAGUAUUAAUUGACUCAAUGGCAACUGUUAUGAGCUAUCAAGAAAAAGAACUUUUAAAACCGGCAAGAUUGGCUCUAACAAUUAUUUUAAACACGGCUACAAUUAUUAUGGGAUCCAAAGAAAGAGCAUGUCAAUUACCUUAUAUGGAAUACAUGGUUGAUAAGUUAUGUGCUUUAUGUUAUGAUCGUGCUUGGUAUACAAAAUUUGGAGGAUGUUAUGCAAUACAAUUUUUUUAUAGCAGCAUGUCUUCACAAUGGGUGUUUGAACAUUUAUAUUUAUUUGUUAAAGCACAACUCUUUGUUAUCAUGGAUUUAUCUGGUGAUGUUUCUAAUGGAGUUUUAGACGAAGCUAAAAAAAAUUUAGAAAAUAUGUUACGGAAAGCAGCAUCACCUCUAGAUCAGAACUCGGGUUCUCAACUUCAAGCUUUACAGAAAAAGGCUAUACAUGAAGUUACUUAUGAACUAAUUCGUCAAGUAACAAGUCCUAAUGAUCUACUUAGAAAUCAUUCCACACAUUUAUUGGGUGUGAUAGCAUCUGCUCAAGGAAUCACUGUAACUCAAGUUAUGGAACCGCAUAAAGAAGGGUUAUCAGAAAUCAUACCUCUUAGAAAGCAUUUAUUACGUCAUCAAGGAUUUAAAGCACAAAUUGGGAUGAUGGAAGGAAACACUUUCUGUACCUCUUUAUUACCUCGAUUAUUUACAAUAGAUUUGAAUAUAAAAGAACACAAUUUAUUUUAUCAUGAAGUUUCUAAUCUUUGCGAAGCCAGUGAUUCAGCUAUGUCUAAGUUACCAGGAUAUAAAACAAUGAAUCCAGGACAAAUGUUAUUAUUACGUCAAGCUGGAAUGAGAGCGCUUGCUGCUUGUUAUUAUAUUCCUCAACCUGAAGUUAAAAGUAGAAUUUUUCAUGCUUUGUAUGGUGCUUUAGAUAAAAAUAAUCCAGAUUUACAAGAAACAGCAUUUCAAUGUUUGAGAAAAUUUGUUUCUACUUCACAAAUUGAUAUGCCAAUGGUCCACGAAUUGAUGAAGAAACAAUUAGGAGAUUUAGGCGAUUAUAGAAACUUAACUUUAAGUGGAACAAGGCGUUUAUGGUAUUUAGUUCAGUUGUUUCCUACCAGCUUUAGUGAUAUGUUUUGUACACAUUUAAUGGAAAUAAUGAAAAAAAUGUUUGAAGUUCUAAUCCAAACGAAAAAAGGAAUUUCAAAGAGCGGGAACUAUGAGUCAAUAAUGGUGAUUAUUAUUGAAAUGUAUAAACAAUUACCUGUUGCCAAUUAUAGGCACAUUGAAUCACUAUGUAGAUUAGUUUUGGAUAGUGAAAAAAGUCUUCAGGUGAGCAUACUAUCUCCAUUUCAUACACCACUUUUAGGAUGUUUGCUUAAAUAUCCAACUCAAAUUGUACAACUAUUUUUACAAGAUAAUCAUAUGAAGGAACCCAAUUGGGUAAAAUAUUUACACAUGAUGAUUGCCAAUGAAAAAUGUCAAACAAUACGAGAAGCUCUUCAAGGUAGUGGACGUAGGCUUAAUGAGUUAAUUACAACUUCUCAUUCAGAUUCUUCUAAAGUUAUUGAAUAUGAAACUGUUAGAAUUAUCAAUUCUAUUGUACGGCUAGAUAAAAAAUGGAUUUAUAAUCAAACCGAUUUAAUUAUAUCUUUAUCAGAACUAUGGGCGUCUGAACACUACCAAGAACAUUUUUUGAAUCCUGGAUAUCUUGAAUUCUCUCACUGGAAUGAGCCAAAAAUGUUAGCAAAAGUGUUACUUCAGUAUUUUAUUCAUAAUCCUAAUCAAGUAGAUUUACUUUUCCAUUUGAUCAAAGCAUUCUGUUUUAGAUUUAUAUCUGAUUUUCAGUUCUUAAGAAUUUAUUUAGAAGAAACGGUUGCUAAAACCUUCUCUCCUCAAUGGAAACGUACAGCAUUCUUUCGUUUUGUCGAAAUAUUUCAAGAUAAUAACAUGAGUAAUCAUUUCAAAUCCAAAAUCUUACAGUAUAUCAUACUACCUUCUGUUUCGGCUAGCUAUGAAAAUAAUGAACAACAAGCCUUAAUUCAUGGUACAUCAGAUCCAUCAGAUUCAACUGGAAACAUUGUUACAUCUUAUAUAUAUCAGUUAAUUGUACAUGAAGUACCACCAGGAAUCGGUGAAGAUAGCAUACGCAUUCAUCUAUUACAACUUGGAUGUAUGUUAGUUGAUGAUUUUCCUGUAAAUAAAGAAAGUGCAUUUAGUCCAGAUGGACUCUGCGAAAAUUUAAAACGAGUAAUGAGUUAUGCUUGGCCAUGUUUAUUAGAAAAAUCUUGUGUUGAUCCAACUGCUCGUUACAGUGGCCAUUUGUUACUGUCAUACAUAGUUGCUUCAUAUCAUGUUAAUAGCCGAAUAAUUUUACAAGUAUUUCAUGAACUACUUAAAGCAUAUCAUGUUGAAGUGAGAAUUGUUGUUAGACAAGCAUUGGAUUUAAUAACACCUGCACUAUCUAUUCGUAUGAACAAUGGAAAUAAAUUAUUAUGUCAGUGUACAAAGAAAAUUAUUGUUGAAGAAGCUCAUUUGAUGCAACAACUAUUUCAUGUGUUGCAUUUGGUUGUCAGACAUUACAAUGUAUAUUAUCCAAUCAGACAUAGACUUAUUCAACAUAUGUUAAAUGCAAUGCAGAGAUUAGGUUUUAUGUCAUCUGCCACUUUUGAACACAAAAAAUUAGCUGUAGAAAUGGCUGAAGUUAUUAUAAAAUGGGAAUUACAGCGAAUUAGAGAUGAAAAUAAUGCAGCUGAGAAUUCUAUGGAAGGAUUUGUAAAAAAAAUUAAACUUGAACCUUCAGUCCUAUUACAGUCGGAUGAUAAUGACAAAGAUAUACCUAUUAAUAAAAAUGAUUUCGCAGUUGUUUUCAACUUUUUAGCCAAAAUUUCUUGUCAGGUAAAUGAUGGUGUUGCUGGAGGUUUGGCAGAACUACUAUCUAAACGAUGUAUUGCAUUAUUAAGAACUGCUUUGAAGUCAGAAGCUUUAAUGUCGAGAUGUAUUGAUACAAUCAAAUUAGCAUGGAUGGACAAAACAUUUUAUGCUGUAUCAACUUUGGAACCAGCUGCUAAUAAUCCUACUACUGCCAUGUCUGUUGCAAAUAUUGCAUCAGCGUUUGAUGUCUUAACAUUUUUUUUAUCGACUUUACCAAAAGAACAAUUUUUAAUCGCAAUCAAACCACUUCAAAAAGCAUUAUAUGAAUGCAUUAGCACUACUAAUAUGAAGAUUGGACGAAUGGCACAUGCAUUUCUUACACGUUUAAUUUAUAGUUUUCCUAUGAUAAAACCUUAUCUUAGUGAACUUGAAGAACUAUACAUUUUAAUAAAUGUGUUAAUUGAUGAAAGUUUGAACAAUUUUGAGAAAAAUAUAUCUCAAAAUUAUAAUCGAUUUUUAACAUGUGUAAUAAUGUUAAAGGCUGCCAGUGCUAAUAAUGCAGCUUUUAUUGAUAACUUGUCUUCACGAUUUGUACAUGUUCUACAAAAAGUAUGUCGUGAACAGCCACAAUCUACAAACACUGAGUCUUCAAUGGGAAUAAGUGAGCUAGUUAUUCAAAGUUUAGAUUUGAUGAAAAACAGAGUUACAAACAUGCACAUUGAAACUCGAAAAACAUUUAUUGGGACUAUUCUUGUUGGAUUGAUUGAAAAAACAAAUGAUUCAAGAAUAAUGAAAACAAUUUUAAAAAUGUUAGAAGAAUGGAUGCAUAAUCCUCCAAAUGAGGGACCUAAUUUGCGUGAAAAAUCUAUACUAUUGGUAAAAAUUAUGCAGCAUAUUGAAAAAAAGUUUCCUGAUCUAAAUGCUCAAUAUUUAGAUAUUAUUAUUCACAUUUAUAGAGAUGAGGAAUUACGUAAUUCAGAACUUGGGCAUAAAUUGGAAGCAGCCUUUUUAAGUGGUUUACGAUGUUCACAACCAGCUGUCCGUGAAAAAUUUUUCACUUUAUUCAAUCAACAAAUUAAUACCAGAUUGCCAGAACGUUUGUUAUACAUAGUGAGUUCACAAAACUGGGAACCAAUGAUGACUCAUUACUGGAUAAAACAAUGUAUUGAAUUAUUAUUAGCUACAGUUGAUUCAAAUUUAUCCGUGACAUUAAAAGAUUCAAAUUCAUCAACUUCAUCAAAAUUACCAACAAUUAGAGAAUUAGUCAAUAACUGUGAUACUUCAUUCAUUGAAGAAAUUCUCAAUACUAAUGAAGAUAUUGGAGUCAAAUCAGAGUAUGCAAUGGACACUGAUCAAAUAGUGACUGAUAACAUUGAAGUUGUUGAGGGUGGAAAAUUAGAACCAUUGAUUAGCAGACACAUCAAAUUUAUGGAUAAUCUAGAAGCGAUGAAACUUGGAGACAUCUGUUCAGCCAUAGCUCAACUGUGUCAUAUGGAUUCAAGUUUAGCUGAAAAAAUUUGGCUUGUGUUAUUUCCUGCAAUUUGGGAGUCAUUAAAUUCCACACAAAAAACUAUAUUAUUACCUGAAAUAAAUCAAUUUAUUGUAAGUGGUAUACACGUUGUUCAAAGAGAUGUUCAUCCAAGUGUUAUAUCUACAUUCUUUGAAGCAUUAUUUCAAUGCCAACCAAAAAUACAUUUUAAACCAAGUGUCAUGUUGUAUAUUGGUAAAUCUCAUAAUUUAUGGCACCGAGUAACUUUGUCAUUAGAAAAAAUGAUGAUAGAUAAUAUCUUUGAAGUAACGAAACAAGAUUGUUAUGAAUUUGAACCAGAAAUAUCUCCACAGAGAGAUGUCAUUGAUACAUUAGCAGAGAUGUACAAACAGCUUAAAGAAGAAGACAUGUGGGCUGGUUUGUGGCAAAAACAUGCUCAAUAUCGAGAGACUAAAAUUGCUCUUGCGUUGGAACAACAAGGGUUAUUUGAACAAGCUUUAUCUACUUAUGAAUCUUUAAUUGAAAAAUAUCAAAGCGAAUUUUCCAGUUCUCCUGCAUCAGUCAUGAUUUUAAGUGAAGCACGCUUAUGGGAAUCACAAUGGAUUAGAUGUUCAAAAGAGCUCAAUCAGUGGGACAUUUUACUUGAAUAUUCAAAACUUAAUGGUCAUCUCAAUCCAUUUUUAAUACUAGACAGUGCUUGGCGUAUACCUGAUUGGCUUGUAAUGAGUGAAGCUUUAAGUUGUGUUGAUAAUACAUGCCCUAAAGAAUUUUUGUGGAAGAUGUAUUUAUACAGAGGGUUUUUGGCAAUUUGUCAUCCAGAUGAACCAAAUUUACCAUAUGUUACUCGAAAUGUAGAAAUGGCUAGCAUACAUGUAAUUAGAGAGUGGAGACGAUUACCACAUAUUGUAUCACAUAUACAUUUGCCAUAUCUUCAAGCCUCCCAACAGGUAAAUAAAAAAUAAAAUAAAUAUAUAUUAUAUAAUAUGGAUCAAUGCAACCAAUGACACAUGUAGUAUAUGAGUAGACAAUUAUUAGUAUUUUAAUUAAAUUAAGUAACUAAUU